UGUUUCUCAACUGAAAAAGGAAGAGAUGACGUAAAGAAAAAAAGUCUCACCAGAGCUGAUCCAAAGACAUUUUUCUUUGCUACAUUCAUGAUUUUGGCUUAUGCUUUCUUUCCACUUACAAGACUCCAUGCAAAAACAUCCUCUUUCUCAGGGAGCAAAUACUCAAAACAACACCAACAACUUUACAGAUUUUCAUUCCAUUCCUCAUAAUUUUGUCCACCAAACAUAUGGCUAACCUUGUUUCCAUGGAGACCCCAGCCCUAUCUGGCCCACCCCCAUCUUCCACUGCAUCGACUUCAUCUUCCACACAGUCUCUCUCUCUGUCUCAUCAGAUUGGUAUGGCUAUCCUGGUCCUCGCCUUUAUGUUUGGUUUCCCUGGCAACCUGUUUGUGGUAUGGUCGGUUUUGUGUCGAGUCCGUCACCGCUCCGUCACUUGUUUGUUGAUUCUGAAUCUGGCGGUGGCUGAUGCUCUGGUGCUGUUGAGUGCCCCGCUGUUUCUCAGGUACCUGGCAGGUGGAAAAGGAUGGGAGUUUGGAGCUGCACUUUGCAAAACUAUUCAUUACCUGUGCUGUGUGAACAUGUUUGCAUCCAUUUACCUGAUCUGUCUGAUGAGCAUGGACCGCUGGCUGGCUGUCUCAAGGCCCUUUCUGUCUCAGAGGAUGAGGACCAAGAGAAGACUGUUGUCGAUCAUGUUGGGCAUCUGGGUGAUGGCUUUUCUGAUGGCUUUGCCCAUGCCAUUCUAUCGUACUCUGCUGCAGAUAAGUCCAAGAGGGUCCAUAAAUGUGUGUGUGCCGUACCACUGGAACAACGCGGGACAUGAAACCUUUCAGUACCUUUCCGAGACUCUGCUGGGUUUCCUGCUGCCCUUCAUCUUUAUCCUGGUCUGCUAUAUCUCAGUGAUCUGUCGGCUACGCAGUGCCAUGUUCCAGCGCAAAGGAAGAGGAAACUUCCUCAUCAUCCUCAUCAUCGGAGCUUUUGCUGUCUUCUGGCUGCCAUAUCACCUCAUCAAUAUCCUACAGGUGAUUGGUGUGAUCCAGGGUUCCUCUUUUCUUUUAAAAGUGGCAAAAGUCGCCCGUCCCAACGUGACAGCAUUUGCGUUUAUGAGCAGCAGUGUGAACCCCAUUCUUUAUGUUUUUGCGGGUAGCUCUCACAUUCGUCAGGCUGGUAUGGGCUUUAUGGCUAAACUGUUUGAGGGCACCAACUCGGAGUCCAACUCCAGCCGCAGCCGCAGCACCAGGUCCUGUCGCGGCUCGAAUGCAGAGAGUUCAGUGCUCACCAAGCUGAGUCGCAAAGGGGACGAAGCAAGAGCGGAGACCCCUGGUGGGGUGGAUGGGGGCACAGCAGAUAUGCAUAGCAGGGAUGAAAUUAUGACUCUGACCACCCUGCAUUAAAGGGGUCAUAUAUUUUUUUUUUUCUUAUGAUCCACUUAUAAUGUUCCUCAAGGUUUCUUGCAUGUUAAUUAAUUUUUUUUUUUUAGUACUAUCUCUCUGACCCUUACAACUAUAGAUGAAGAUACUGUCUACAAACAAAUGCUCUGCCACUUGGGGUUCUUUUGGCGGUGAAAUUGAGCUGAAAGUGCCCAAAAAGUGCUGUUUGUGGGGUCGAAGCACUUGUUUUUUUUUUUUUUUUUUUUUUUUUUUUACAUAUUAUUGGAGAUUUGGGCUUCUUUAAAUUUCCAUUAGGACCGUUUGAUCAGGAAAAACUCUGAAUUUUACACAAAUUAUGAUAUUUCACAGAUCACCGUCAUUGUUAUCGUGUCUGCUCUCAUGAGAACUGCUGCUGAUGUUGGUAUAUUUUAACUUUUCAUGAAGGAAACGCACCGCUGUGACAGAUACAGUAUGUGGUCAGAUUUAAUGUAACGCUGAUCUUAUAUGAACAAUACCCAUGUAAGAUCUAAUAGGAAGAAUGGGACCCCGUCUCCACCAUUGCAGCACAUGGACUACUGUUUGUGAAAGGAUAUACGAAUAAAAAUAAUGUCAUACUGCUAAAA